GUUCGUCUUGGUGCAGCCAGUGCAGCAGGAUGCCGGAGCCUUCCCGCUCCACUCCAGCCCCCAAGAAGGGUUCCAAAAAAGCCAUUACCAAGGCGCAGAAAAAGGACGGCAAAAAACGCAAACGGGGCCGCAAGGAGAGCUACUCCAUCUAUGUGUACAAGGUGCUGAAGCAGGUGCACCCCGACACGGGCAUUUCGUCUAAGGCCAUGGGCAUCAUGAACUCGUUCGUCAACGAUAUUUUCGAGCGCAUCGCCAGCGAGGCCUCCCGCCUGGCGCAUUACAACAAGCGCUCGACCAUCACGUCCCGCGAGGUGCAGACGGCCGUGCGUCUGCUGCUGCCCGGGGAACUGGCUAAGCACGCUGUGUCCGAGGGCACCAAGGCUGUCACCAAGUACACGAGCUCCAAGUGAGGCGCUGCGCGGGCGUCCCCAACCCAAAGGCUCUUUUCAGAGCCACCUUCCAAUCUCAAAAAAGGAGCGUGCUACCUGGUGUGAUAAAGAACUGUCAUUCAUUUGAUGUACUUUGGGAUGGGGAUUGUACUGGA